AUGGUGACGGAGACGGCUUCCGCCUCCCAUGCUCGCAGCGCCAUCUUCCAGCGCCUCGUGACCCGGCCGGCUCUCCCGGCCGCCGCGCCGCACGAGAUGAUGAAGACGCAUAAGCGCCCGGGCCCGGCCAUGGCUGCGGUGCCGGAGACGAUGAUGGACGCGGGCGGGCUCCUGCGGCUGUCGGACUUCGACAAGAUCGCUGACCUUGGUGAGGGCGCCUCCGGCGUGGUCACCAAGGUGCGGCUCCGUGGCUCGAGCGCCGUGUUCGCGCUCAAGACAGCGUACUACUGCGCCGACGGCGCGGAGGAUGAGUUAGAGGUGGAGGCGCUCCGCCGCCUGGCCGCCGGGUCGUGGUCGCCCCACGUCGUACGGUGCCAUGCCGUCUUCCGGGACUCUGCCGACGAGCCCACAAUGCUGCUGCUCGAGUUCAUGGACGCCGGGUCGCUCGGACGCGUCCUGUGCCGCCGCGGCGGAGAGCGCGGCCUCCCGGAGCGCGCGCUCGCCGAGGUGGCCGCGCAGUGCCUCGCCGGGCUGGCACACCUUCACUCCCGCGACGUCGCGCACCUCGACCUCAAGCCGGACAACCUCCUCGCCAGCGCCCGCGGGGACGUGAAGAUCGGCGACUUCAGCGUAUCCCGCAUCUUCGUCGGCGGCGCCGGCGAGGGCCGCCGGGUCCCCUUCUCCGUCGGAGCGGCGGCCUACCUGAGCCCCGAGCGGUUCCAGCCGGACGCCCACGCCGGGCCGCGCGGCGCCUGCGCCGCAGACGUCUGGGCGCUGGGCGUCACCGUCCUGGAGCUCUUCCUGGGUCGUUGCCCCAUCCUGCCCGCCGGCGAGAGGUCGUCCUGGAUGAAGCUCAUGGAGGCGAUCUGCAACGGCGAGCCGCCGUCGGUGCCGGCGGGCGCCGCGGCGUCAGCGGAUCUGCGCGAGUUCGUGGCGUCGUGCCUGCACAAGGACCCGAGGCAGCGCGCGACGGUGGCGCAGCUGCUCGCGCACCCGUUCGUCGCUCUCCGGGACCCCGUGGCGUGUCGCCGCGAGCUAAGGAAGAUCAUCGUGGAGACCAUGUAGGAGUAGGGCAUAGAGAAACAUUGUACAUCAUCUGCGUAAAAUUCUUGAGAUUUUGUUCGUAGCUCCUCCGAUUAAUCUUUCGUAGUUUCAUCCUGUGUGUAUUGCACCUUCAGGAUAAACUUAUUUUAUCAGAAGCAGAGACAAAUUUUGUAUUCGGAUCAUUUAUUCCC